GGAAGUUCUAUAUAUCUAUCAUAGGUACGCAUCCAUGCAGUCUCAUUCAAUGAGGUGUACUUGUAGUGUCCCCUGGGCAUAUUAUUCACAUUCAUCAGGGAAGCAGCGGUGCUAGAAUCUGGUUUUUAUUUCGAAUUAGUAACGUCGAGCUUGAAGUUCUGAAAUAUACCUAGUCAAACCCAAGCAUGGCUAACUCACGCUUCGAAUAUGUGAAGCAAUUUGAGAGCAAUGAUAUUCUACUUCCAAACACAUGGAUAGUCAUUAGGAUCGACGGUCGGGGGUUCACUAAGUUAUGUGCGAAGUACAAGUUCGAGAAGCCCAACGAUCGGCGAGCACUUGAUCUCAUGAACGCCGCGGCCCAGGCCGUCAUGACAGAGCUGCCCGACAUUGCCAUUGCGUACGGUGUCAGCGACGAGUACAGUUUCGUCCUACACAAGUCGUGUACACUCUUUGAACGGAGGGCGAGCAAGCUCAUUACGACGAUUGCCUCUACGUUCACGUCUUACUACAUUUACUUGUGGCUGGAAUAUUUUCCAGACAGCCCAUUGUCGCCCCCUCUACCUAGUUUUGAUGGGCGAGCUGUAUGCUAUCCCAGUGUACAGAAUUUGAGGGAUUACAUGAGUUGGCGACAGGUCGACUGUCACAUCAACAACCUCUAUAACACUACCUUCUGGUCGUUAAUUCAACUCGGAGGGUUUGAUGCAAAGGAAGCAGAGAAAUUUCUUGCUGGCACCCUCUCAGCAGAUAAGAACGAGAUCUUAUUUUCGAAGUUCAAGAUAAAUUACAACAACGAGCCCGAGAUAUACAAAAAGGGCAGCGUUGCUUUUCGUGAUUACGAGCUUGUAGAGCCCGGAAGCCACAAUGUUGCGGAGACGAUAGACCAUGUAGCAGAGCCAGUCCAGCAGUCCAAAACACAGGAGGAAAAAGACAAGAAACGACGUAAUAAAGCCUGCGUUGUGGUUGAACAUUUAGAUAUCAUUAAGGAUGAUUUCUGGGAUAGAAGACCAUGGCUAUUGUCAAAUAAACCCGGUAAAGUCCCGAAACAGGCAUAGAAACGAAUUUAUGGUAGUAUCCAACGCCAUCUGAAUGCUUUGAACAUGAAUAUGGACCCUAUGAUAUGAUAU